CCAAGAAAAAUGGUCCUAAUGAGCCAAUCAGAAUCAAGAAUGCGAUGUUUUCUCUCGUGCCUCGAGAUUCCCUAACAACGACACGCGAGACAAGUUAUGUUGAGUCCUUCAGCAGGGAAGAUGACAUAUUAACUCCAGCUUGGUCGUUCUGAUGGUUUUUCCACGCCGUGGAAAGUGUACGUUCACGAGACGGGAUCUGCUGGCGUUUAAUCGCUAAGUUUUCGAGGAGAGUGGUCGUUUGGAGCGUUGGGAAAAAUCCCCGCAGCUCGGCAGUUUAGAAUAUAAUAAUGCCGAUCGCGGAAGAUCGUUUAGAACAACUACAAGUUCUAAAGUUACUGCAGUCUGUUCGAAACGAAGAUGUGGAACAAAUAGAGAAGCUGACGACUCAUGGAGUCCCUUACUUAAUCAAUUACUCAGAACCUGAAAAUGGGGAGACAGGACUUCAUCUGGCAGCAUGCAAGAACAAUGAGAAGAUGAUCUCUUUUCUGUUAGAUCUUGGUGCAAGUCCAAACAUGGUGGACUUGAAAGGUUGUAGCCCUGCCAUGAGAGCAGCAGAGUUUGGUCAUACGCAGGCCUUGACUCUCCUAGCUGAGGCAGAUACAGACUUGUCAUUAAGAGACAAUGAAGGAAAGGGAAUCCUGUUUUACUGUAUCCAACCAACCAAACGUCAUCUAGAAUGUCUGCAAAUUGCACUAAAGCAUGGAGCAGGUGUUAAUUAUGUGAGCAAGGAUGGCCAACCUUUACUGUUAGUAGCUGCUGAGGCUGGACUUGACAACAUUGUGGCAGCUCUUCUUAUUGCUGGUGCAGACCCCAAUGGAGUUCACGCGAAUACUGGCCAGACAGCUCUUCAUGCAGCAUCAGCUGCUGGAAGUGUGGCUUGUGUCAGAGAAAUCUUGGAGGCUGGAGCUGACUGUGAUGCUCUGGACAGUGAAAAUUACCACUCAGCACACAGGGCUGCUUUCAGUGGCCACUUUGAUGUGAUUAGAGUGCUGGCAGCUUAUGGUGCUGAUCUUGGUAAAGUUGCUUUGGAUGGAAACACUCCUCUGCAUUAUGCUGCCCAGCAGGGAUUUGGACCUAUAUGCAAAUUUCUUUCACAGAGAGGUUGUCCGUCAAUGUUAAAGAACAAAGAAGGGAAAACACCCAGAUUGUUGGCAAAGGAUAAUGAACAUAAAGAUGCUUUGAAAGAAUGCCGCAAAGCUGAAAAACAGUCGGCGAAACUGGCUAAAGGUGCAAGUAGAACUGGGGAACCAUAUGCCAUAAGACUUUAUGACUGGAUUCAAGAACAUGAAGAGAAAGUGCUGAAUAUUUGUCAUCAGUUUGACCCAGAGGAAGAGGAUGGAAGGAGAAAAGGAAAAAUUACCAAGGACAACUUUGUAAUGUGUUUGCAGACAAUAAAUUGCCCUUUAGAAGUAGAAGAUUUAAAUAAAUUAGCACAGAUGCACGACCCCAGCAAAGAAGAUGCUGUAGAUUAUUCAUUGUUUAUUACUUGUAAAAAGUUCAUCAGUAAGCAAUUUAUGGUUGUUCUUGGAAAGAAAAAGAAGAAGAAAGGUGGAAAGAAAGGAAAGAAGAAAAAGGGCAAAACAAAAAUACCAAUUCCAAUUUGUACAGCACCUGAUGGCCCUCGCACAAGACACGGAGGCCCUCCAGCAGACUUUGUAGAAAGAUAUGUGCACUUCACAGAUAACACCAGAUUUGAUCGUGACCACCCCCCUUCACAUCCCAUACAAGAUGACUCAUCCUGGUAUCUUAAUUUCCCAGAUAUAACUUACGUGAACAUUAGUGAUGCCGCCAAAGUAGGAGACUUAGAGACGUUAAGAUCAUCUUUUGCCCGAGGAAUAUCUCCAGACCAACGAGACAAAUAUUACAAGACACCGCUGAUGUCGGCGUGUGCGCAUGGAAACAUUGAUGUAGCUAUAUAUUUGUUACAGAUUGGGGCCGACAUCAAUGCACGAGAUAAUUUCAAGUGGACUCCACUCCAUCACGCUUGUCACUCGGGCCAGGAGGAUCUUGUUCAGCUUCUGCUUGAAAACGGCGCAGAAAUGGAUGCACAGACCAUCAAUGGAGGAACACCUCUGAUGAGAGCUAUUGAGAGCUCAAGAGAGGCUGUGGUAGAGCUGCUCAUUUCCAAAGGAGCUAAAGUUCAGCUAGAAAACAAGAAAGGGCACACUGCACUGGAUGUUGCCAAGGCAUACGCGGAUCCUCGAGUGGUAGCUAUUGUACAGAAACGAUGGGACGAGAUACCGCCACCCGUGGAUAAGAAAAAACGAAAGUUCGCACCUCGGCCCAAGUCUAAAGCGCAGUCCAGUGACGGAGAAGGGCUUGGUAACGACGGUGACGACGGCCCUGGUAACGAGGACGAUGAAGGUGGUGAUGAUGAUGAGUAGAACUGGAUACGGGAGUUCAAGAAAGCAAACGAGUUUACCGGAUUGUGAUGGAAAAAAAGAAAGAAAAAAAUUCGUUUAACAAUAAUAUUUGUCAAGAGAAUAUCAGAUUACGCUUCUUUAAUUGUUCAAACUGUAUUAGAGCGCAAGUUUUUUGGGAAUUACGUCUUUGUUGGUACCGCUUUUAGUAUUUGAGUGAAGUUGAAUGUGGCAACUUUUCACUUUAUCAGCGUCCUGUUCUAAACGGCCGGGAGAUUGUUACGUGAAAUAUUAAAACAAGUAAGAUUCAAGGAAAGUAAGAAAGUGCCGCGACCAGCAUCAAUUCAAAUUCUUGUAUUGGUAGGAUAGUUGCGGUCAAUAAGAAAAGUUCGAUUUUGCGCAAUGUUUCCAUGUUUGUUCAGGUAAAGAAGAUUCAUUGUAAGUUGUGAAAUGUUAAAAAUGCACCGUUGAAAUAAAAAUGCACUGAAUUAAAAGUGUUUUGAGUUGAUCGUUCCAUAAUUCAACUAUUUGUGUUGUACAUAAAUAAAUGAUAAGUGACUUCAGAAAGUAAUCAGUUGGUUAAGCAGACAAUAGAUUGAGGGCCUCUUUACACGAGCCCGGGUUGAAUCACCGCAGAGAGUGCUGAAAUAAACACAUUAACCGAACCCGAGCUGUCAGUCUCCAGUAGCAUGUGUACCGACCAAAAAUCUGAAAACAUGGGCUAGAAAGAUGACAAACAAAAACCCUACAAAGUCUAGUAAAACGAAAUAGUGGGAGACCGUGAUGUGCAAACCAAAAAAGACGAAAAACGAAACAAACAUGGUUAUCUGAGUGAAAGUACUAACCCCGGUUUGCCUUUGGUCCAUAGUCGGGUCAACACGAAUCUCGACAAGGGUUACCCGGUAAGAGGGGCUGACGCGGCUUGACCAAUUUUUUCAUGCGAACGCUUACAAGCAUUUGACUGCCAAAGGGUUACCCUUCGCGAUAAUUAGAAAAUCCCCGGGCUCGUGUGAAGAGGCCCUGAAUCAGGGCAUGUCAAUUCAACGGGAUGUGUUAUAGCGGAGCGCCGAUGAUGGUUUGGGUUGUUCCGAGUGUUCUCCUUUCCCUGGGGUUCACUAGCUCUGAACGAUUUUCACGACUCGACAGAGAAGCAAGCCCAUGUAUAUUAUAGUAGCUUUAAUGUGUUACGGUGAGGGAGUAUUGUACAUUCUCGAUUCAGCAGACGUCCCUUCCCGUAACACGAGGUACACAUAUUAACCCCCAAAACACGAAACUAAAUCACGCAGCACUUGUCUCUUAUAACGUAACGCUUGUCUCUUGUAACGCAACAAUGGAGUUGCGUGAUUACCUAGUCACCAAGGGAACUAGGACUUUCGCCAAGAUUUGCAAGUUUCAUGGCAGAGCUGCACGAUUUCUAAGUUGCAGACGUCAACUCUGGUGAAACAUGUUGCAUUCCUACCUCUCUAGAUGCGUUCGCUGUCUUUGAAAAUCUGUCGUUGUGGUAUUCAUACGCAUUACUCCUGACAGCCGCUAGAUAACCAUGUCAAUUCUCCUAACCCAUUCCCAUCCAUUUCCAUUAGUGAUAGCUCUGAGAAUUUAUUGUUUCAUCAAUGCGACAGCCUCUGCAAAACAGCCUGUAAAGCCAAAUAUGCUCUACAAUCUUUUCCCUUGUA